UGAGGUUUCUUAACAACAUUUACAUAUUUUAUAUUGAUGGGUUUGCUAACACUUUAUACUUCAUUCUUGGAGAAAGGAAUAUUUUUAGUUGCCAUAGACAAAGAUCCGGCUGGUGUAGAUCCAGAUCACAUAUGGAAAGCAAGCUCUUCAUUAAAAAGAUUUGAUGAUAUGUACCAUUUAUACAUAUCUCAUACAGAUGGUGUAACGAACAAAACAUACGAAGUCGAAUUGGAAAAGUGUAUAAGUUGUUGGUUUGACACUAAUGGGACUCUCUUAUGUGAUUUGUUUGAGCCAGAAGUAUCAAAAUUACACUCAAGGCUAUUGUCUGAAAAGAAGAAAAAAUGAUUAUUGAAACUUUAUACUUAAGUACUUUCAUAUUGGUUUAUUUACUUAAUGUCAAUUAAAUUUAUUCACUUCCACUUCA